CUUUUCCUUGGGUUUGGAUUGGAGCAGGUUCUCCCCUCAUGAUCCCAACUGAGUUUUCCAUGGUUUGGAGCAGGUUCUUCCCUCAUGAUCCAAUUUUUUUCUCCCUCACAGCAAUCGUGGAUAUCGUGCAAUCCCAAAACUGUGGGAAGAUCCUGGUGGGAGACCCUCACCAGCAGAUCUACACCUUCCGAGGGGCCGUCAACACCCUGUACCUGGUGCCUCACAGCCACGUGUACUACCUGACCCAGAGUUUCAGGUUCGGCCCCGAGAUCGCCUACGUGGGAGCCACGAUCCUGGAGGUGUGCAAAGGGAUCCGCAGCAGAACCCUGCUGGGGGGAGAGCACCGGGGGGAGGUGCGGGGAGGCCGGCAGGGGACGGUGGCGCUGCUGUCCCGCAGCAACUGGACCGUGUUUGAGGACGCCGUGGAAUUCUCUGGGAGAGACCCCCCGGCCAAAAUCCACGUCAUUGGGGGACUGGAGAGGUUUGGCCUGAGCAGAAUUUAUGACAUUUGGAAGCUCAGCCUGCCUGCAGAUGUCAGGAAAAACUCCCAGCUGGCGGUGGGGGAUCCCUUCCUGGGCCGCUGGGAGCAGCCGGGGCUGGCGGCGCUGCGCGAGUUCGCCCAGCACAGCGACGACCGCGACCUGCAGGGCAAGAUUGCCAUCGUGGACAAGUAUGGGGACAGGAUCCCGGAGCUGCUGGCCAGGAUCAGGGCCAGCCACGUGUCCCACCAGGGCCUGGCAGAUUUCCUCAUCGGGACCGUGCACCAAGCCAAGGGCCUGGAGUUCGACACCGUUUGUGUGGCCGAUGAUUUUGUCCAAAUCCCUUCUGUCAGUGGGGCCUUCCUGAGGAGAAUGAACAUUGCUCUUGACAGGACCCCUGAGGACGAGUGGAACCUGCUCUACGUGGCUGUCACCAGAGCCAAGAAGUGCCUGCUGAUGUCCAAAUCCCUGGAAAACCUUUUGUCUCUGGCUGGAGAGCGUUUCCUGCGGGUGGAGCUGCUGGGUGAGGCUGGGAAGGACAAGGAUGGAGCUCCUGUUGCUUGUUGUGUGUCAGGAUGUACAAAAUCCCUGGAAGUCAGCUCCGGGCUGGUGGUGAAGAAGCUCCCGUUGACUCACAGUGACAGCAGCCGGGAUCCAGGGGGAUUCCUUUGCCAGGCUUGCACCUGGCUGUUCUUCGGCUCCCUGACUUCACUCACCUCUUUCCCAUCGAUCCAGUAGGAGCCCAUCCAGCUCUAACAAAGCCCUCCAGCUUCCCAGAGCUAUCCUGGAUGUGGGACAAAUCCUCUUGGCACAUCCCAGCUCCAAAAUCAGGUGGAUGUUGGAGGAGGAUUUCAGCCCAGCUCCAAAUUCCAGGUGGAUGUUGGACAGGAUUUCAGCCCAGCUCCAAAUUCCAGGUGGAUGUUGGACAGGAUUUCAGCCCAGCUCCAAAUUCCAGGUGGAUGUUGGACAGGAUUUCAGCCCAGCUCCAAAUUCCAGGUGGAUGUUGGACAGGAUUUCAGCCCAGCUCCAAAUUCCAGGUGGAUGUUGGACAGGAUUUCAGCCCAGCUCCAAAAUCAGGUGGAUGUUGGAGGAGGAUAUUCCCAGCUCCAGAGGAACUUCCAGGCUUCCUGGGGACGAGGUGAUGCCUUUUCUCCAGCCCUGCCUCAUCCUUCAGGAGCUGGGAAUGGGAUAUCCAGAGGAAUCUGCACUUUAGGAGUGGAUCAGACAGAGCAGGAGUCAUUUUGGAGCAUUCCUUCUCUCCCCCCUGUCACCAGUGUCCAAACUUUAAUCUCAUCAUUCCUGGAAAUCCCUCUGUCCCACUGGAAAAAGAGGAAACAUGACACUGGGAAGUAUCCAAAGGAAGUUAAUUUCUUUGAGAUGAACUGUUCCUGUCCAGCCAUGGGAGGAAAUCAUGAAUCUCUCCCAGUGAAUUAGUUUUCCAUCCUUGCAGCUGAGGGGUUUCCCUGAAUUCUUUCCCCUCUCCCUGCAGCCAACCAGGAAGGAAGAAAUGAAGCAGCCAAAAAACUCCUUUGAUUUGGUUCCAGCCAAACUCAGGGACAAACUGGAGAGGGAUUUCCAAUCCUAAAAUGAAACGUGUAGCCAAAAAAAGCCUUACCACUUCCUUUGUGUCUCUUGCCUGCCCUUGAAUGCCCUUUAUUUCCCAGGCAUGCCCGGGUGGGUCACGCUCUCCGUGCCUUGUGCCACAAUUCCAGAGCCUGUGCCACAGGAAAUCAAAACUGGAAGUGGUUUGAGGACCCUGCCCUUGGGCACAGCCUGAGCUGUGGGCUGUGCCUGCUGCAGCAAUCUCAGACAUCCUGGUUUUCUCCACUCAUGGAGCUGCUUCCCUCCCUCUCCUUUCACUUUCCUAGCUGACUCCAGGAGUGCAUUCCCAGAGCCUUGGAUGUGCAUGAAAGCACCAGGCCUGGAGCAGGCAUUGGAUCAGGCACCUGCAAUGCUCCCUCCCAGCCUCUCCUCCUCCCAGCUUCCUUGGGAACAGGGAUGUGCCCAGUCACACAUCCUGGGUCAGAGGCACAAACAGGACAAGAGCAGCCAAGAAAAGCCCUGGAAUUUCAGCUGUUGGAUCCCUGCAGCUUCCCAAGCUUUUUGAGAUCUGGCAGCUUCAGAGGAUGGGAUUGAACCCUUCAUUUUCCUGGUGUCCAGUGGGAAUCUCCUUGGUGCUGUGGGGAUGGAUUCAUCCCAAUCCAGUCCUUCCCAUCCAGUUAAUGAACCCACUGCUCUGUUAUUUUUUAUAUAAAAUAUAUUUAUUUAUACAUAAAAAUAAAGAGCUGCCUUUUCCAGAA